AUGGCUAGCGGAUUACGGAUAUUGGUCCCCGUUAAGCGGGUAAUCGACUAUGCGAUCAAGCCCCGCAUCAACAAAGCACAGACUGGCGUCGAGACCACCGGUGUCAAGCACUCUCUAAACCCAUUUGACGAGCUCUCCAUCGAGGAAGCUGUCCGUCUCCGUGAGCGCAAGGGUCCUCUCAAGGUUGAGAACAUUCUCGCUCUCUCCGCCGGUGGUCCCAAGGCCCCCGAUGUCCUCCGCACAGCAAUGGCUAUGGGCGCCGACCGCGCAUUCCACAUCGACGUCCCCGAAAGCUCCGGUAGCCUCGAGCCUCUGACAAUCGCCAAGCUUCUGCGCGGUGUUGUUGAGAAGGAGAACAUCAACCUCGUGCUUCUGGGUAAGCAGGCGAUUGACGGUGAUCAGGGCCAGACCGGACAGAUGCUCGCCGGAUUGCUGGGAUGGCCCCAGGCCAACCAGGCCAGCAAGAUUGAGAUUAAGGAUGAGAGCGGCACUGUGGAGGUAACUCACGAGGUUGAUGGUGGUGUGGAGACACUGCGCGCGAAGCUGCCCAUGGUUAUUACUACCGAUCUGCGAUUGAACGAGCCCCGGUACGCGAGCUUGCCGAAUAUCAUGAAGGCGAAGAAGAAGCCUCUGGAAAAGAAGACGCUGGCCGACUUUGGAGUUGAGGAUACUCGCCGAUUGAAGACCGUGAAGGUUACUGAGCCCCCACCACGCAAGGGCGGUGGUAAGGUCGAGGACGUCGAUGGUCUUGUUUCCAAGCUGAAGGAGCUGGGUGCGCUUUAA